CUACAUGAUGUACCACAAAGCCAUGCUCUUUUCGGACCCGUCCGUGGCCGCUCAGAUUCUGUCCUCCUCCCACCCGCGCAAGGUGAGAGCCCUGGGCCGCAAAGUAUCCAACUUCGCCGACGUCGUCUGGAACGCCCACCGCGAGGCCAUCGUGCGCAGGGGCAACAUGCUCAAGUUCACGCGCCCCGUGGACGCCACGCGCGACGGGCGAUGGAUCGUGCCCCUUGAGGUGGAGCGAAAGGACGGGACCGUAACGGAGGAGCGGAGUCUCCGGGAGCUGCUGCUGGGGACCGGCGAGGAGGAGCUAGUUGAGGCGAGCCCGUUCGAUAGAAUCUGGGGUAUUGGGUACGGUGCGGACAAGGCGAGCAAGGUGCAGAGGGAGAGAUGGGGGAUGAAUUUGCUAGGGAAGGCGUUGAUGGCUGUGAGGGCGGAGCUGAGGAAGGAGUUGGCGGAAGGGGAGAGCGGAACGGGGGCUGUGGAUGAGAAGAAGACUGACGUAAGUGAAGGGACAAAGGAGGGGAAGGAAUCAGGUUGAGUUAUUUGAGUUAUUUGAGGUUCGAGUUUUCUCGUUGUUCAAGGUUGGUCUCGUAUUACCCAGAUUGUUCAGGUUGUUGGGCAUGUUCGUAGAGGUUAUUAUUACAGUUCAUUCCCGAUGCAUCACUCUCGGUGGUUGAAGAUGCUGUCCACCCACGU